AUGGUUUUAAUCAAGAAAGAUUCUAAAAGGAAAGCGAAAAUAUACAAUUCAAUCUCUGAUAAUCAAUUGGAAUUAUUAAACUUUAAUGGAAUUUUAAAAUUAAUUAAAAUUAUUAUAAAUCAUUUAAAUCAACCUCAAAAUUUAACAACUAUAAGAGAUAUAUAUUAUCAAGAUGUUGAAAUAUUUAAUAAAAAUCAACAAGAAUGUAAGAAGCUAUUAGUUGAAUUGUUUGAAGAAUCAUUUGGUUGGUCUUUGACAGAUGAUUUAAAUAUUCAUCCAACUCAAAAAGGGUUGUUUUUCAGUAAUAUUUUAGUUAACAAGUAUGAAGUUCUGUUAAUUCCAAUCAAUUUUAUUGAGUACUUCAAAGAUAUUAAACUUGAAAGAAAUACUAUAAAAGUUAUAAUUCUUGAAAAAGAUGCUGUAUUUCAAUCAUUUUGUCAAUAUCUCAUGAAUCAAAAACAUCAACUCAAUAAUCAUCAAUUCAAAUAUAUUAUUAUAACUGCCAAGGGAUUUGCUGAUAAUUUAACUAUUAAAUUCUUAACUUUUUUAAAUUUAGAAUUUCAACCAACCACAAUUUAUGGAUUUUUUGAUUCAGAUAUUUAUGGUAUUAUGAUCUAUAGUCAAUAUAAAGAAAAAUGUGGUGAUAACAUUGAAUUUAACGGUAUUUUCUUAAUGGAUAUAGCUCCUAAAAAUUGGUUGAAUAUAAGUGAUAGAGAUUUUGGUAUUAUGAGUACCAUGUCAAAUAAAGAUGUCUCCACCACAACUCAUAGAGAAAUAACAAGAGGGAUGUAUUUCCAUAAGAAAGUCGAAAUGAAUGUUAUAUCAGAUAAGUCUUUAACUACGGAUACUAAUUAUAAUCAAUACAUAUUCAAGAAAGUGUUUCAAUAA